AUGAUGGGGAUGUGCAGCCCAUGGGUGGUUCAGGGGAGUCUUUAUGGCCAGCUAUUGCUGACAGGUGAGGUAUCACCAAAGUGGGAGGGAAAGACAGAUGGAAUGAUCAUGGAUUUUCCAGGACACUUUGAGCAAAUCUUUCAGCAGCUCAACUACCAGAGGCUUCACGGCCAACUUUGUGACUGUGUCAUUGUGGUGGGAAACAGGCAUUUCAAAGCCCAUCGCUCUGUUUUGGCAGCAUGUAGCACACAUUUCCGAGCUCUAUUUACUGUAGCAGAAGGAGAUCAGACUAUGAAUAUGAUUCAGCUGGACAGCGAAGUGGUGACAGCAGAAGCUUUUGCUGCUCUGAUAGACAUGAUGUAUACUUCUACACUAAUGCUUGGGGAGAGCAAUGUUAUGGAUGUCUUGCUGGCUGCUUCUCACUUACAUUUGAACUCUGUUGUUAAAGCAUGCAAACACUACCUUACUACCAGGACGCUGCCAAUGUCUCCACCGAGUGACAGAGUUCAAGAGCAGAAUGCACGCAUGCAGAGGUCUUUCAUGCUCCAGCAGCUUGGACUGAGCAUUGUGAGCUCUGCGUUAAAUUCCACUCAGAGCACAGAGGAACAACCAAAUACCAUGAGCUCCUCGAUGAGAAGUAACAUCGAACAGCGCACUACUUUUCCUAUCCGUCGUCUCCACAAACGUAAACAGUCUUCUGAAGAUCGGGCCAGACAGCGCAUCAGGCCUGCUAUGGAUGAGUCUGUUUCCGAUGUGACUGCUGAGAGCGGGCAGUCAGUAGUUCAUUCACGGGAAGAUUUCUUCUCGCCCGAUUCACUGAAGAUUGUGGACAACUCUAAGGCUGAUGCUGUUGCUGAUAACCAGGAGGAUAAUACUAUUAUGUUUGAUCAGUCUUUCAGUGCUCAGGAAGAUGCUCAAGUGCCCAGCCAGUCUGACAACAGUGGAGGAAACAUUUCACAGAUGUCCAUGGCAUCCCAGGCAACACAGGUGGAAACCAGCUAUGACCAGGAGUCUGCUUCUGAGAAGAACAACUUCCCAUGUGAAAAUCCGGAGGUCAGUCUGAACGAAAAAGAGCACAUGAGGGUGGUAGUGAAGUCUGAGCCCUUGAGUUCCCCAGAGCCUCAAGACGAGGUGAGCGAUGUCACUUCCCAGGCAGAGGGCAGUGAGUCUGUUGAAGUGGAAGGAGGAGUAGUGAGCGGAGAGAAGAUAGAACUGAGUCCUGAGAGCAGUGAUCGUAGCUUUUCUGACCCACAGUCCAGUACUGAUAGGGUGGGAGACAUCCAUAUUAUGGAGGUGCCAAAUAACUUGGAACACAAGUCUACUUUCAGUAUCUCAAAUUUUCUAAAUAAAAGCAGAGGUGGUGGCUUUGGUGCUAGUCAAAACAGUGAUGACAACAUUCCAAAUACCACCAGUGACUGCAGAAUGGACAGUGAUGCCUCUUAUUUGAUGAGUCCAGAGUCGGGGCCUGCUGGUGGCCAUUCAUCUGCCACCGUCUCUCAUGUCGAGAAUCCAUUUAGUGAGCCUGCAGACUCUCAUUUUGUUAGACCAAUGCAGGAUGUGAUGGGUCUCCCCUGUGUACAGACUUCUGGGUACCGGGCGGCAGAACAGUUUGGCAUGGAUUUUCCACGGUCAGGCUUGGGCUUGCACUCCCUGUCAAGAGCAAUGAUGGGCUCAGUAAGAGGUGGAGCUAGCAGCUUUCCUGGUUAUCGCCGCAUAGCCCCCAAAAUGCCUGUGGUGACGUCUGUCAGGAGCUCCCAGCUGCAAGAUAACUCAUCCGGUUCCCAGCUGAUCAUGAAUGGGACCACUUCGUUUGAAAAUGGGCAUCCGUCACAACCUGGUCCGCCACAGCUGACAAGGGCAUCUGCAGAUGUCCUUUCGAAAUGCAAGAAGGCCUUAUCUGAGCACAACGUCUUGGUUGUAGAAGGUGCACGCAAGUAUGCAUGCAAGAUCUGCUGCAAGACGUUUCUGACCUUGACAGACUGCAAGAAACACAUCCGUGUGCACACAGGAGAAAAGCCUUAUGCCUGCCUGAAGUGUGGCAAGCGGUUCAGCCAGUCCAGCCACCUGUAUAAGCACUCCAAGACAACCUGCCUGAGGUGGCAGAGCAGCAAUCUGCCUAGCACUUUGCUUUAA